CAAAAGUAACGCGUGCGCAGAAAAAACUCAGGAAAUUUAGAAAUAGCAGCCUCUCAGCUGAGUUUGUGUACAAUGUCAUCUGUGCGUCAAACGACAUUUUAGAAAAAGUGUUUUCUUCUCUCAAGGUAGUUGGAUGCCUACUUCAAAGAUGGAUAAUCCUAACGAGGACUACAAGAUCCAGUCAUUCGACUUGGAGACCCAGAAACUGCUGAAAACGGCCCUGAAAGUCGUCUCUAUGCCCUCAGAGCCCAGCGCGGUGGACCUGGAGAAGGUGUCCAAUGUCAUUGUUGACCAGUCUCUGAAGGACCCGGUCUUUAGCAAAGAGGCAGGACGUAUUUGCUACACUAUCGUUCAGGCAGAGGCUAAACACAACGGUAAUGUUUUCCGGCGGAACCUGCUCAACCGUUUGCAGUUGGAGUUCAAGGCCCGAGAGGAAACGCGGCUUCGCUCGCGGCAGGAGUGGGUUUGCUUCGUGACCUUCAUCUGCAACAUCUUUGACUACCUCAAGGUUAACAGCAUGCCCAUGGUGGCCCUGGUGCACCCGGUGUUUGACUGCCUGUUCCGACUGGCUCAGCCCGACUCGUUGAACAACGAAGAGGAGGUGGACUGUCUGGUGCUGCAGCUGCACCGCAUCGGCGACCAGCUGGAGAAGAUGAACAGCCAGCGGAUGGACGAGCUCUUCUACCUGCUGCGGGACGGCUUCCUGCUGCAAGAAGGCCUGAGCUCCAUGGCCCGUCUGCUGUUACUGGAGAUCCUGGAGUUCAGAGCUGGGGCCUGGACGCUGAGCGAUACAGCCCAGAAGUACUACUACAGUGAAGUCAAUGACUAGACUGAGUCCAGGCUGGGCUGUUGGUCACGGGGCGUGCCGUUCAAUAGGCUCACAGAACAGUUGAUUACAGAAAAUACCUCGUAUUGGCCAUGCUUAGGUUUGGGUCUCCGGUUUUGUGUUUACUGAAUGUCUCUUGGAUGAUAGGAUCGGCAGAGGCUGUGUAGUGGAUGAUUACAGAAAAUACCAUGUUUCAAGGUUUUCCAUUGAGUCGCCACUCUCCAGUGUAGUUGGCAGCAGGGAUGUGUAGCAAGAUAGUUGGUUUAACAUUGUGUUUGUAAGUUGAAUUGCAAGUUGUUUUAGAAAGGUUUUUGUUGCUAUUGGGUUGCAGAUUUGAUAUUGUAAUGGCCAGUAGCUGAAAGACUGCGGGUGUGGACCCCCUAAGUGACAAGGGGAAAAUAUUUAGUUGCGCCGCUGAGCAGAUCACUUAACCUGUAGUUGACUCCUGUAGUUUACUCUGGAUGAGCAUGUCUGCUGAUUCAGUAGUGCUCAACUUGUCCACUAAUUAUCGAGCCCUUGACUACUUUAAAUAGGUGAGCUAGUUCAGAGCUUCAACAUGUUGUGGUUGCUGGGGGUCCCCAGGACAGGUUUGAGAACCAGUGCUACUUUACUGAAAUGUAAAAAAUACACAAGUGUGUUUUGAAUUUGGUUGGUAUGAAGCAAACAGAAUUUCACAAGAUUUUGUUUUGAUUUUGCAUUUUUCCUUCAGUCAAAUUAUUUGUUGUUUCCACAUUCCAAUGUUAUGAGAAAUGUAAUUAUUUUACAAAGUUAUUUCAGAUAUAUACAUUCCGGUCACUCAGGCUUACGUUUUCUUAGGUAUUCUGCCUGUGGUAACAGAAACUGUUUAGGUUGAUAUUUUCUACCUAUCUCUACAAAGAAUCUUAAGUUGUGCAAUACUUUUGGAGAGCUUAGCAGUCGAUUUGGACUGGCAAAUCAAUGUACCAAUUCAAUUCUGUUCCACAUACUUUCCAGUCAACCUUUGUUUUAAAAGCCCAUAUAUUUUGAGCAUUAUCAUUUUUCCCUUCUUGAGGGUCGUUUGACUAAAUCUAAUGCAACAAUUUUAUAGAAUGUAUGUCCCAAUACAAUAUAGGUCUACAUUGCUGCAGUGAUAUUUCACUAUCACUAAAGUAAUUUUUUUUAUUGAGUGACAAUUUUCUAUUAUUGGGAUUUGGGACCAAGAUUAACGUUAAAGUAAUUGGUUUUUCAUUACAUUAGCAAUUUUUUAGGGGAUGAAUUUAACUAGAAUUUAAGGAGUACCAGAAUUGUGAAUGCUCGAAGUUCUUAUCUGAAAUAUUUGUUUUUCAACAUGUUGUGCCAAUAUGGAUGGCAAUAUUCUCAAAGCUCUGCGUUAUUGUUUUUUGCACAAAUUUAAUAUGAACCUAUCAUUUUGCUGAAGGUAUUUGUAUUCUUAAGAAGUUCCUCUUGAAAGGAUAUAAUCCACACAUUGGUGCUACAAAAUGAAUGCUGUGCUUUUGCUUUCAGCUAGGGCAAACUCUACACCUCAAUACAGCCCUUAAUUAUGUUUUUAAGCCGAGAACGAGUGCAUUCAUUUAGUGACCAUGUCUUCUGCUGUUCACUGCUGUUGUUGAUGUUACUUGUUUGCAGUAGUGAAUUUAAUGAGGUCUUGUUUGGAUUCAUUGUUUGAUAUAUUUUUUCGGAAUGUAAGACCGGAGGGUGUGUCGAAGUGGAAGUGGGACAAAUUCAGUCUUGUGUGUGUUCGUUCCAGAGGAAGCAGCUUUGGCUACCUACUUGGAUUUAUGAUUCAUUCCACCAGCACUACACUUUUACCAGGUGACUUCUAAUUAAGUGUUCAUACAAAUGGAGAAGUCACUGAUUUAACAUGUUUGGAUUUGGUGAAAGCCAAGGUGAUUCACAAAGGGUUUAUAGUUAGGCAAGCAUGACCCACAACAGGACCUUUGAAUUGAACAAUUGAAGAACAAAGAACAGCUGCAUAGAACAUAUUUUUCCUUAAAAAUAUGAUUACACAUGUUUAUUUGUAGGCUAUUUUAGCAACCUAUGUUGGCCCUUGUGAGAUGUUUUAUACCAGAAUAUUGGUAGGUACAGUAACAAUGUACUGCUGGUUGUAUACUAGAUUGAAAUAAGUAGGUACAGUGCACUUACUGCCAAUCAUUGGAAUGUUACUGACAGCCUGGCACUCACGUUCACUGCCUGGCGCGCUGCCCAUUUCACAUCAAAACCAAAAUCUUUGAUAACUAAACUUUCAGACACCGAUGGACCAAUGAGUGAAAACAAUAAACUACAAUAAACUCAGUCACUCACUAGUUCAGAGAAUUAUAGUGCCAUGGUGUUAAAAAAAACAAAAAACAAUAUGCAAUGAUCAUUGCUACAUGAAGAUUAAGCAUUUCCAGUAAUUCAGCACUGACCUUUUUGUCACAUUUGGUGAGGGCAGUACUCACUAUUUGCCUACUAGUGAUUUGGUUAAAAUGCCUUAGUUUUACACAGAAUAACCAAGUAGGUUUGAGCAUUUUCUACAUUUAACUACUGUAGUAGAAGUUCAACAUUUAUUGCACUAAGAGAGUGCUGUGUAUUUAUAUUUUUCUAUAAAUAUUCCAUUCACUAGUGAGGUAUGACUAUUGAAAUAUUUGAAGUACAUCGCUCACUUAUUUUUCAACUGUUGUACAUUAACUGCAGAUGGAAAUUGACAAAUAAAAUUGACUUUGAAACAAAUGUGUUCAGUUAUAUAAUAGGAUGACUUACUGUUGAUGAUAAUAAACCCAUAACAUAAAUACAGUAUGUGAUCACAUUUGAAA